AUGUAUCGCAUUUCACCACAACGGCUUUGCUUGCGUUUCGUGCGUGGGGUCACUACAUGGUCUGCAGCGCCAGCCUCGCAGCCAGCCACACUCAAGCUCAAGACGGGUGAGUCGUUUCAUGGCCGCUCGUUUGGAGCGCAAAGGAGCGUGUUUGGAGAGACUGUCUUUACCACAUCGAUUACGUCGUACCCUGAGUCGCUGACGGAUCCCUCUUACACUGGACAGCUCCUUGCAUUCACACAACCAUUGAUGGGAAACUAUGGGGUGCCAGACAACAGCGUGCCAGGUUCGGCGCGUGAGCAUCCCGCCGACGUGGACGUUGGCUGCUUUCUUGAAUCCAAGGGCGUACAGGCAUCGGGGGUGAUUGUGAGCGAACUUUGUGAGCGAUUCUCACAUUUUCAAGCGUAUGAAUCACUUGCGAGCUGGUGUGCACGUCACAAUGUGCCAGGGAUCCAAGGCGUGGAUACCCGUGCGCUAACUACCGUUCUCCGGAAUCAAGGGUCAACGCUUGGCGCAAUUCUCGUUGGCGACGAUCACACUCGCGUGCCUGACCAGGCUGAGUUUAUCGAUCCUAUGGCGCAGAAUCUGAUUGCACAAGUUUCAACCAAAGCACCAUACACGAUCCAUCCACGGGACGGAGCUGCUUCAGCGCGUGCUCAUGUCGCUAUGCUCGACUUUGGCAUGAAGGCGAACAUUGUUCGUUGGCUCUUGCGCUGCGGUCUUAGUGUGACGGUGCUUCCUUGGAAUGCGGACUUCUAUUCGAUGCGUGAUCAAUUUGACGGCCUCUUUCUAAGCAAUGGUCCGGGCAGCCCGGAAUCGAUCCAGUCAGUAAUUCCUGGUGUGCGACGUACGAUUGAUGAGUGGGACCGCCCGAUUUUCGGGAUUUGCAUGGGGCACCAAAUCAUUGGGCUCGCGCUUGGUCUGCGUGCAUACCGUAUGAAGUUUGGCAAUCGGGGUCAUAACCAGCCAGUUCUGGCCCUGGCUAGCGGCAACAUGCGCGUGGACCCUGGUCGUGUAUACAUCACGUCACAAAACCAUGGCUAUGCUUUGGCAUACAAUGAGACUGGCCCGGAUGCGUGGCCUGAAGACUGGCAGCCUUGGUUCGUGAAUGCGAAUGACUGGAGUAUUGAAGGCAUUGUGCGGACCGGUGGACUGGACAAGCAUGCGCCCGUUUGGGGCGUGCAGUUCCAUCCAGAGCAUGCUGGUGGCCCAGAAGAUACGAAUCCUUUGUUUGAUGACUAUGUUGAACAAGUGGUUCGGUACAAGGCACUGCGUGGUCGGUAG